UGUGAUUGUAGAGUGAUCAUUAGACUCUUCAGCAAGGAACUUGUGGCAGUAGCAGGGGUUAUAAGACAACCAUGAAACCACACCAUUAUUUCUACUUUUGGGAUACCACAAAUGUUACCACAGUUUUUGUCAGUCUCAUGAGAACACAUACAGGGGAAAAGCCUUUUUCAUGUUCUCAUUGCUCUUACAGUGCAACAACAAAAGGUAAUCUCAAAAAACACAACCUUAGACACGAAAAAAUACCUUUUGCCUGUCUACAUUAUGUAGUUGUGUUGGUGGGGCUCAACAGUGACGAUAAGAGGACUGGAGGUAGACGAACUGUUGGAGCUCUGAAGGGCUUCUCCAACGCCAAGACUCACCAGUGUUCCUACUGUUCCUACACAACUAGUGUUACCACAAAUCUUAGAAAUCAUAUGCGUACCCACACUGGGGAAAAACCUUUUUCCUUUACAGCAAGGCUUGGCAGCAGCCAUCAGAGGGCAGCCAGGAGAGGAGCUGCUGCGAUCGGGAAGAGUCUCACUGCUGGUACCAAGAUUCAUCAGUGCCCCUUCUGUCCAUAUACCACCAUUAGGAGCACUCAUCUAACCCGGCAUAUAUGUACUCAUACAGGAGAGAAACCUUUUGGCUGUCCCCAUUGUCCCUUCCGAGCUGCUCAGAUGGACAGUUUAAAGACACAUAUCCGCACCCAUACUGGAGAGAAACCUUUUGCCUGUGAUCAUUGCCCGUAUCGUUCAACACAGAAAGUCCAUUUGCAAAGUCACAUAAGAAAUAGACAUAGUUGGGUUCUAGAAAGUUCCAGUGCUUCUAAGUGAUUGAAUAAUAAUAAAGAGAAUAGAAGGUAAAAUCAUGAAGUGAUUAAUGGUAGUGAUUUGUGGUUACUAUCUCUGAGUGUUCAUAAUAUGUGUAAAGGACCUGUGAAUGGAAUAUUUAGUGAUUAGAAAAAAGAAAAACAAGUUAUUGUGAGUGAACAUAACAAAUUUUAUGAAUGAUAAAUUUUGUGGGAAGAUAUUAGCAGAAUAUGAAAAAUGUGAUCACAAAUCUAUUAAGAGUGUAGGUACUGAGCUUUAAUGAAUAUGUAUAUAUUAAGACAAACUACAAGACAGGUUUAUAAAGUGACUGGCAGAGUGAAGGACAUUGGAAAAAUUCAGUUUUUCCUGGGAUUCUUGUUGAAUUUUAAGUUCUGAUAGUGAAUCAUUUAUUUCCAUAACAAUUUGGGAAAUGGGCUAUAAUUAAGUGAUUAAUAUGCUUCAAGGAGAAGGGAAUGCUGUAAGGGUAAUCAUAGGAAUUGUUAGAUGUUAUAUAUAUAUAUGAAAAUCAUGUAAAUAGUAGACCAAAAUAUAUUUCUUCUUUAUUACAAGCAAAAUGUCAGCUAAAAAAAUACUUGUUAUCCUCCUAUUGCUCACUCUAUGUAACUAAAGUUCUUGUAUGUGUUUACAACAGUUACAAAUAGUGGUUUGAACUUAACUAAAGUUUUGUGCUUAUCUAGGAAAGCCUAUAGCAGACAAAAAUGAA